ACCAGAGGGCUGUCUGUUUGUGUUUAGAUGCUGCUGGUGUACGGGUUCAUCGAGGAGCCGAGGCUGUUGCUGCACGGCGGAGGUGGAGGCCAGCGCACACAAAUCCGUUCCACAGCAUUGACUCGCCAGUUGGCAAAGUCCCAACCAGGACUGCUAGUGGCUGCCAUGGUGGCUUUACAUGAAAACAACAAAGUCCAGCUGGAACAGGCUGGUCACAUAUUUAAGGAGCUGGGAUGUGAGAAUUGCUUACAGGUGGAUUUCUGGGAGGCGAUGCUCAUGGCCUCCUCACAGGAAGCUGUCAUCCAGGAACUUCUGUUCCGACUGGCGUCCGUCUACAUCGACCGACUGACAAACACAACGUCGGAUACACACCCCAACGAACCACACGCACCUUCGAGACGCAGGCCGCUGAAGAGUGCAGACGAUCUGAUGAACUCAUGCUCCCAUUACGGUGCUCUGUACCCAUGGCUCACUGUUCUCAAUCCAGCUCAAACUACCAGCUCCCAACACCAGGAGGCGCUAUACAAACUGCAGUCUCUCCUGUGUGGUCCGUCCCUGUCCGUGGGCUCCGUCGUGCCUCUGAUGGAGCGUCUGUCAGAGGAAUCCCUAUGGGGCUUCAGCCUGCACCUCCUCUGCACAACCAGAAGGGGGCAGUACGACAGCAGCAUUGAAAAGCUGCUGGACCGAUGUCCUCAGGCCAUCAUAGCCUACGCCAACCACCAGUUACAAGACAAACACAUGGUGUUAUGGUGGCAGAAGCUGCUCCCAGAGCUUUGUAACAGGACGAGAGCUGCCACAGACAACAGCAUCCUAUUGGCUGCUCUUAAAGAGACGCUAGUAGUGGUUGCCAUGGAGAUGAGCCCCACAGAGUUCCUGGAACUGAUGCCUGACGACGGCACGGCAUUCUUCUUCUUGCCUCACCUCUUGACUUGCAGCCAGCAUCACCUGCUAGCAUGACUGACACACACACACACACACACACACACACACACACACACACACACACACACACACACACACACAUACACAGACAGACAG